AUGGCGCCGCAGCAGUCGUCUGACUUCACGAUUCGACGGCGCGUUUUCCAUUCCUUUCAGGGAAACCUGAUCGACACGUCAGAAUCGUCCGCGGUUGAGAUAACGGCGCCAAAGGUUGUGGAGCAGGGCGAGAACAUUCGACUAGAAUGCAAUGUGACCGCAAAACCUCGGCCACCAGUGAAGGUGCUUUGGUUCCACAACAACUCUAUCAUCAUUAUCAAUCAUGAUGAGAAAUCUCUAAGGACAAAAGUGAUGUAUAAACGAACUAGUUAUUCGACUGUCAGCAUACUGACAGUACAGAACGCACAGCGAACAGAUUCUGGAACCUAUAUGUGCAAGCCAGACUCUGCUACAGGGACUAGUGCGGAAGUGCUCGUGGUCAAUGGGAAGAGACCGGAGGCGAUCAAAGGCGACACAACAUCAUCAUCAUUAUCGUCGUCGUCUAUCAACUGUAAAGGCAAUACGAGAGCAUUGAUCGUGCUGCUCGCGGGAUUUUUGUUGGUCUCCUAUACAUCUCCUCUAUUUGCAGCAUAUUGA